CGUGACUCAAUGAAUGAUUUAUUUAUUUUAUUUUUAAUUCUGCAUUCUGAAGUCAUCUGAUCCCACAUCAAGUAAAAUUCAUGAAAAAAGAAGGGAAGAACAAAUUCCCCUUAUUGGUUGAUUCGAAAGAUUUCCUGCUGCUGUUUUCCUAAGGAACAGGUGUUUCCUCGGCUUCUGACAGUUCCCAUGGCAAAUGCUUGGUUUUACCACUUAUUGCUGGUCUUCGUGACUUCUUGUAAUUGGGUUUAUCAAGCUGACGCAUAUGAUAUCGAAUUUGUGGACUAUAGCUCUACGUUACCUCGAAUCCACGGGCACACCGUCAUCAGGACAGUGCUGGAAAAUGCUGAAAAGAAAUUCGAGCUCAUGAAGACGUUGAAUAUCUCGAAGUGUUUCGACGAUGUCGAUUCGAAGGACAAAGUGGAGGAGAUUCACUGGUGGCAUGACCCAAGAAGACCUCAUCCUGAAGACUCAAUUGAAACUGGAAAUCAUCACAUGGAUAUAUUUGCGUCUCCCAGAAAAGCCAAGGAAAUUCAGACUUUGUUGAAGCGAAGCAAUUUGACCGCCGUGACAUUGAUAGAUGAUGUCCAUAGGCUCUUCAAGCGAGGAAUGCCGAAGAAACGACGACGAUCCAAUCGGAUGACUUGGACAAAUUAUCAAUCCGCUGCUACUAUUAACAGAUUCUUGGACCUGGUCGCAAAAAAAGUGCCUCACGCGACUACUGAAGUUAUUGGAAAAACAGCGGAAGGAAGAGAACUGAAAGUCCUCAAACUGAACACAAACAACGCUGCUAAAGCUUUUUGGAUUGAUGGCGGAAUUCACGCCAGAGAAUGGAUAAGUCCGGCUGUCGUCACUUUCAUUAUCAAGGAAUUCGUCAGCAAUUAUUCCAGACAUAAAACUGUCAUUGAUUCGUACCAAUGGUAUUUCCUACCACUCAUGAAUCCCGAUGGGUACGAAUACUCGAGGACAAAAGAUCGAAUGUGGAGAAAAACCAGGUCGCCUUCUUUGAGGAAAGGCGGAUGCGUCGGUGUCGAUGCCAAUAGGAACUGGAACCACAAAUGGAUGGUUGUCGGUGCUUCACAGGAUACCUGCUCGGAGGUUUAUGCCGGUCCUUACCCUGAAUCGGAAAAAUGUGUUGUGGCUGUUCGAGAUUACGUGUUGAAGAAACUAAAGCCGAGGAAAGACGUGCAGCUCGUUGCCUUCUACACGUUCCAUUCCUAUUACCAGGGAUGGAUGUCUCCCUGGGGCUGGACUUACGCAACGCCGCAACGUCACGAUGAACUAAUUCGAGUAGCGAAGGCGGGAGUGAACGCGAUCAAACGGGUCUCCGGGAAUGUGUUUGUUACCGGAACUGCAGGAAGUUUAACUGGGAAAGCUUCAGGAGCAUCGGACGACUGGGCUUUCGGGGUUGCAAAAAUCCCGUUUGUGUACACGAUUGAACUGAGGGACAGGGGACGUUACAAAUUCGUACUUCCGGCUCGCCAAAUUCAGCCCAGCGGCGUCGAAAUGGUAGCUGGGGUCGAGGCAUCUGCAUACACCGUCAUCAGGACAGUGUUGGACAGUGCUGAAAAGAAAUUGGAGCUCAUGAAGACGUUGAAUAUCUCGAAAAGUUUCGACGAAGUCGAUUCGAAGGACAAAGUGGAAGAGAUUCACUGGUGGCAUGACCCAAGAAGACCCCAUCCUGAAGACUCCAUUGAAACUGGAAAUCAGCACAUGGAUAUAUUUGCAUCUCCCAGAAAAGCCAAGGAAAUUCGAACUCUGUUCAAUCAAAACAAUUUGACCGUCGAGACACUGGUGGAUGAUGUCCAUAGGCUGUUCAAGCGAGGGGCAUUCAGAAAACGACGACAAACAAUGCAGAUGAGUUGGACAGAGUAUCAUUCCGCCGACACGAUCAACAAAUUCCUGGACGACGUCGCCAUGAAGUUUCAUUACGCAACUACUGAAGUUAUCGGAAGAACAGCGGAAGGAAGAGAACUCAAAGUCCUCAAACUGAACACAAACAACGCUGAUAAAGCUUUUUGGAUUGAUGGCGGAAUCCACGCCAGAGAAUGGAUAAGUCCGGCUGUCGUCACUUUCAUCAUUCAUGAAUUCGUGAACAAUUAUUGCAAGCAUCAAGAUGUCAUUGAUUCGUACCAAUGGCAUUUUCUUCCAAUCGUGAAUCCGGAUGGAUAUGAAUACUCUCGAACUAACGAUCGGAUGUGGAGAAAAACUAGGUCAUCUUCUUUGAGGAAAGGCGGAUGCGUCGGUGUCGAUGCCAAUAGGAACUGGAACCACAAAUGGAUGGUUGUCGGUGCUUCACAGGAUACCUGCUCGGAGGUCUAUGCCGGUCCUUACCCUGAAUCGGAAAAAUGUGUUGUGGCUGUUCGAGAUUACGUGUUGAAGAAACUAAAGCCGAGGAAAGACGUGCAGCUCGUUGCCUUCUACACAUUCCAUUCCUAUUACCAAGGAUGGAUGUCUCCUUGGGGCUGGACGGAAGAGUUGCCUGAGCGUCACAAAGAACUUAUUCAAGUAGCACAGAAAGGGGUAGAAGCAGUCAAAAGUGUCUAUGGAACUGAGUUUGUUACCGGAAAUGCUGGAAGUUUAACUGGCACAGCUUCAGGAGCAUCAGACGACUGGGCUUUCGGGGUAGCAAAAAUCCCGUUCGUGUACACGAUUGAACUUCGAGACAGGGGGCGAUACAAAUUCGUCCUCCCUGCCGAUCAAAUUCAUCCAAGUGGCGUCGAAAUGGUUGCUGGUGUCAAGGCAUCUGCACUGGAAAUAUUAAAAAUUUUGAAAUAAUUUUCCCGGCUGUAUGCAAGGGUCGAAAACCCGGAUUAAAUGUAGCGAAAUCGAGAAUGUUUAUUUUCUCACUCUUCUCGAUGACGAGAGCAAAUUUGAAUUACCCCCUACACCAUAAAAAAAAACGUCACCCAGAUACGAUUCAUGAGAGAAAAAUGCUGGAAACUGUUAAAAACGAACGCAGAUAAUCACACAGAAUGAUUUGAUAGUCUAAACUGCUGUUUGCGGCUCAUUCACGAGCUUAAAAAAAAAAUCUACGGAUCGAAGAACAUAUAAAUCUCUCGUGUGAAUGCGUGAUAUGGGUCAAGUUCUUUUGUCACAGUUAAUCUUCGCCAUAUUUUUCAACAGUGCAAAUGCUUUUCUUGAUCCCAGAUUCCCAAACGUCGUCGGUUAUCUAGUUGUCAGGACAACUGUCGACACUUCCAAUGAAAUGGCUGCUUUGGUAAAGAAGCUGAAUAUAACGUCCAGUCUAGAAGACAUGACAUCUAGGCACGUUAUUGGGAAGGUUCAUUUUUGGAAAACGCCGAAGAAAAUUGGCAGACGGCAGGGGAAUAUCGACAUUCUGGUUUCACCUGGAGAAUUCGAGAGGAUCAAGAAAGUCGUGGAAGAUUCCGGAAAAAGCUUGUCCAUAUUGCACCAUAACGCUUACGAAUUAUUCGAGAAUUCAGCUUCUCGGCAAACCCGUUCGGAAGCAAUUUUGAACAUGACUUGGACUGACUACCAUAGUUACAACACUAUUACAGGAUUCCUCGAAAAUAUAGCAGCCAAAAACAAGUUCGCCUCAAUCCACUCAAUUGGAAAAACGUUCGAAAACCGUGAGAUGAAGGUCCUUGAGAUCAACACUGCUAAUGCGCAAAAAGGAUUCUGGAUUGAUGGAGGCAUUCACGCUCGUGAAUGGAUAAGUCCGGCCGUGGUUACAUUCAUCGUGAACGAAUUCGUAAACAACUACGAAAAGCACAAAGACGUCGUCGACGCAUUCCGUUGGUUCAUCCUUCCUGUGGCAAAUCCGGAUGGCUACGAAUAUUCCCGUGCAGAAGAUCGAUUGUGGCGAAAGACGAGGUCAGUGAGACCUGGAGUAAAUUGCGUCGGCGUCGAUCCCAACAGAAACUUCCCAUAUAAAUGGAUGGUUGCUGGAUUUAAUGACGACGUGUGUUCGCCGAUUUAUGCUGGACCCAAUUCCGCGUCCGAGAAAUGCGUGCAAAAUAUCAUGAGUUUCGUCAUGCAGAAACUUCAAGCCGAAUCUUCGCCCAGCAAACUCGUGGCUUUUUACAUUUUCCACUCCUAUUCCGAAGUAUGGUUGUCACCAUGGGGCUGGACUGACGAAUUGCCAACCUCAUACAGCGAUUUGAUGAGAGUUGCUGCAGCUGGAACAGCAGCAAUCAAAGAAGUUUACGGGACUGUUUUUGAACAUGGAACUUCAGCUCAAAUUCUGCCUCCGCUCGUCAGUGGCGCCGGAGAUGACUGGGCUUACGGAGACGCCAAGGUUCCAUUCGUCUACACCAUAGAAUUAAGGGACAAGGGAAUUCACGGGUUUCUUUUGCCGCCGGAUCAAAUCGUCGCAAGCGGAGAGGAAAUGCUCGCAGGCGUCAAAGCAUCCGCACGAGAGAUACUAAAUAUCCUCCAGGAAAAUCGAAAACCAUGACCAAAAAAAAUACUGUAUGCAUUUGAAAAGGGAAUAAAAUAUUUUUAAUCCCGUGUGAGCAUCAGCGUGCUCAAGACAACACAAGAACAAGGAACUAUACUUCGAUCAUUAGACAAUUAUUUUUAUUACUUGCCCUCAAGCGAAACGACACAUAAUUCGGUAGACGAUGCAUCUUCCCCAGCACUGGUUAUUAUUACGAUACCUUUCGUCGAAAAAAAAAAACACACACACACACGCUAUGCUUUUUGUUUGUCAGCAUAUACUUUGGCCAGUCUUCGGUGUUUUGGCGUUAGUUUUCGUCGAACAAAAAACAAAGAAGAAAUUCGUGGCAACCGCGGGGAAUUUUUCAAUGAAUAUAAGAAGGAAACAGUAGAG